AUGGACGUGGGCAACCUCAGCACCGUGACUCAGUUCGUGCUCAUGGGGCUCUCCGACCUCCCCCGGGUGCGCCUCCCUCUCUUCGUGGCCUUUGCCGCCAUCUACCAGAUCACCUUGGUGGGAAACGGGGCCAUCCUCCUGGCCCUGGGGACUGAGAGGAAGCUGCACACUCCCAUGUAUUAUCUUCUGGCAAACUUGUCCCUCUUGGACAUCUUCUGCCCCUCAGCCACCGUCCCCAAGAUGCUGCACGACCUCCUGACUGGUGAGCACAGCAUCUCUUUCCUUGGGUGUGCUGUGCAGCUCUAUUUCCUGGUGGCCCUGGCUGGAAGUGAGGUCUUCCUGCUGGCCGUCAUGGCUUACGACCGCUACGUGGCCAUAUGCUUCCCCCUGAGAUACUCCCUCAUCAUGACCAGGGCGCGCUGUGUCCAGCUGGUGUGUGGGACCUGGGCAGCUGGGUUCCUCAACUCCCUCCUGCACACCGUGUCCACCUUCCGCCUGUCCUUCUGCAAGUCCAACCUGGUCAACCAGUACUACUGCGACAUCCCGCAGAUUGUGGCCCUCUCCUGCUCCUCCACGUACGUGGCAGAGAUGCUGGUUUUAGUGGUAGGAGGCAUGUUGGGGAUCAGCGCCUUCCUGAGCACCUUGGCCUCCUAUGUGUCCAUCAUCUCCACCGUCCUCAGGAUCCCGUCGGCAGCAGGCAAGCGCAAAGCCUUUUCCACCUGUGCCUCCCACCUCCUGGUGGUCUGCCUCUUCUACGGCACAGUCCUCUUCACCUACAUGCGCCGCGCCUCCAGCCAAGACUCCCUCUCCAGAGACCAACUCGUCUCUAUGCUCUAUGGGGUGAUCACCCCCAUGCUGAACCCCCUCAUCUACAGCCUGAGAAACACGGAGGUCAAGGGAGCCCUCAGGAAGGUCCUGUGUGGGGGGGCACGUGCACAGCAAGCAGGACGUUAG